UUUCAUCUCCCUUUUUCCCCCCCCCUUUUUUUUUUUAUUUUCCCUCGUUGUUCAAUGUGACCCGCAAACGCCUUUUCCGUCCCCCUGCCCCCCUCCCCGUGCACACGGCAAACACCUCCGAAACCGUUGUUAUUUCUCCCGGUGAUCUCCCGGGGCGGGCGGGGGUCGGGCCCGGGGUGGGGUCCCCGGGCGCCCCGUCGGGGCCCGCAGGGCGAGGCCCGGCCGUUCUCCGCGGGCACCGGCCGCGCUCGAGUUCUCCAAAGUUGCCUCGAAACUAUCGACCGGCGGAGCGGGGGCGGUGCGGGCGGGGACCGUCACGGGCCCGGUGCUACGGAGCGGGGGCGGCCCCGCUGCAGCGGCAUUUGCCGGGGCUUCCCGGCGGGGCUUUCCGCGGCCGUGAGCGCAGCGCUCCGCGGGCCGGAGCCCGGCGUUGUUUCCCCCGCACGCUCGGAGCCCGGUGCCGCCCCGGCGGGGGGGAAGGCCCGGUGCGGCGGUGCUCCGCGGCUCGGUGCGCGGCUCCGCGGGCCCAGCGCCUCCCGUCAAACCGGGCCAAGGCCACGGCGGAGGGCAGCGUCCCCCUGUCCCCGGCCGAUUGAUGGAGAGGGCACCGGGCACCGACACCCGCUCGCCUCCGCUUCCCCCGCGCAUCCCGGCAGGGCCCGGCCCGGGAUAAAUCCCGGGCUAGGAGCGGGCUGCCUGCGUCCCUGCCCGGCCGGGCCCCGCCGCCUCGGCCCGCUCGCACACCGGCAAUAACGGCAAAGAGCGCUCGGGGCCGGGAUGGCCGCGGAGCCCUUCCCGCACCCCGGCACACCGCAUCGCCCGGCGGCGGCGGAGCGCUGCCCCGAGCCCCGCCGCUCUGCUGCCGCUCCUCCCCGGGCACAGGGACCGGCGCUGCCCCGGGGCCGGCUGCCGUGAGCCCCGCGGUGCGGCCCCGGCCGGAGCGGAGCGCUGGAGGCACCGAGCCCCGGUGCGGGUCCGGCGCCGGCCGAGCCGGUAUCGGCAGCUCCUGCGGCCAAUGCGCGGCCGGGACCGAUUAAUAACAUACAAGAAUUUUUGCUUGAUGUUUAUUAGCGUGUCGUUAAUCAAUGCGUCAGGGCGCGGAGGGGAAACCCUGGACAACGCAGCCCCGGUGUUUAAUUAAUCCCUCAACACUUCACCCUCAGCCCAAAUCGGGUCUAUUUUUUUUUUUUUUUUUUUUUUUUAAGAUAUCAUUUCAGGGAUUCGCUCGUUAGGAAGAGAGAACGCUCUGGAGGGAUGCUUUAUUUUAUUUCAUUUCAUUUUGCAUGGCCAAGCGGUGCAGCUCGGCGGGGCGAGCGGAGGCCGCGGUGAAGGGCGCGGGGAUGCGGUGUUUCGGGACCAAGUGUGCGGGCUGUGCCCAGGGCAUCUCCCCCAGCGACCUGGUCCGCAGGGCGCGGAGCAAAGUGUUCCACUUGAACUGUUUUACGUGUAUGAUGUGUAACAAGCAACUCUCCACCGGCGAGGAGCUCUACAUCAUAGACGAAAACAAGUUUGUCUGCAAAGAAGAUUACCUAAAUAACAGCAAUACUGCCAAAGAAAACAGCCUGCAUUCAGCCACCACCGGCAGUGACCCCAGCCUGUCCCCCGACUCCCAAGACCCCUCCCAGGACGACGCCAAGGACUCGGAAAGCGCCAACGUGUCCGACAAGGAGACGGGCAGCAACGAAAACGACGACCAGAACCUGGGGGCCAAGCGGCGGGGACCCCGCACCACCAUCAAAGCCAAACAGCUAGAGACUCUGAAAGCCGCCUUCGCGGCCACCCCCAAACCCACCCGGCACAUCAGGGAGCAGCUGGCGCAGGAGACCGGCCUCAACAUGCGGGUCAUCCAGGUCUGGUUCCAGAACCGGCGCUCCAAGGAGCGGCGCAUGAAGCAGCUGAGCGCGCUGGGCGCCCGCCGGCACGCCUUCUUCCGCAGCCCGCGCAGGAUGCGGCCGCUGGUGGACCGGCUGGAGCCCGGGGAGCUCAUCCCCAACGGGCCCUUCUCCUUCUACGGAGAUUAUCAGAGCGAGUAUUACGGCCCUGGAAGCAAUUACGAUUUCUUCCCGCAAGGACCUCCUUCAUCUCAAGCUCAGACACCCGUGGAUCUCCCUUUCGUGCCCUCCUCGGGGCCGUCAGGCACUCCCCUGGGGGCCAUGGAUCACCCCCUGCCCGGACAUCACCCCUCCAGUGAGGCUCAGCGCUUCACUGACAUCAUGUCGCACCCCCCCGGAGACUCGCCGAGCCCCGAACCCAACCUGCCCGGGUCCUUGCACUCCAUGUCCGCAGAAGUUUUUGGCCCCAGUCCUCCAUUUUCUUCGAUAUCCGUCAACGGUGGUGCUAACUAUGGCAAUCACUUGUCACAUCCACCAGAAAUGAAUGAAGCAGCUGUGUGGUAGCUUUAAAACAAACUGGGUCUAAGUAAGUGAUGAUCAUCUAGUCUGCUUAUUGUUAUGGUGUACAGAAAUGAAUAAAUAUAACAUCUCUCCUGCCCUAAGACAAUAUUACCUUGGGAACGAACUGAAUCCAAAUCGCUCCAAGGCAAGCUUUGCUCUAGACCAGGACAAUCUUCAUGUUAUGGUUGUAUCAAACAAGCAAGGGGACUUUUUUGUACCAUUGACAAAGAAACUGGUGAAGCUGUACAGUAAAGUGCUGCCAUACCGUAGGAUGGCGUAAGUUUGAUUACCCUGUUGGAUGUCAUCCUAAGAGCCACAAUCCUUAGAAACUUCUCAUUUAAAAAAAAAAAAAAAAUAAUUGAAUGAAGGAAAGGUCAAAGAAAAGGGGGAAAAAAAGCUUCAAGAACUCUAGCCUUCCCGGUUAAGGAUGGUUCUGGCAUUAUGAAUUUGUUUGUUAAUUUUUGUCUCUCAGAAAGUUCAACAACAAGAAACUCUUUUUAGCUUCAGCCAUUUCAGCCUGCUGACUAUCAGGUGGGACAACUUUCUUUUUCCUUUGUUUUUGUUUUGUUUUCCAAAAUAACAAAUACUAAAUGUUAAGCCCUCAGCACCAACUCUUCUACCUUCACAAAGCUACACGUACAAAACCUCCUCAUCAUAGCAAGGGUCACCACCCAGACCUCUAACGAAAAUGACUUGAAAAAAACAAACAAACAAAAAGUAUUCUACCUUCACAGAGAGAGAAAAGCUAAACAAAAAGACUCUAUUGAACUAAAAACAGUCAACUGUUUACGUCUAAUGUUAAAUUCAGGAGUUCAAUGUUUUACUAAUAAAUCCUGUUUUAGAACCUCUUGUUCAAAAGCAAAAUAUUUUGAGCAACCAACCAAAAUAGUUCAUUUUCUUUUCUGUAGAUGUUAUAACAGAUUGCAGGGCUUGUGGUUCACUGUGCUAGUUUGUAAAAGGUGUUGUUUACAGAAGGCAAAGAAAAAAAAAAACCCAUGAAACCCAGACAGUUGCCAAAUAAAGUAAAUAUAUAGCACAAAUACUGUAAGGUGCUUUGCACCAGCAACCCGAGAAGGUGUUUAAAAAGUGUUACAAGGUUAAAAAAAAAAAAACAAAAACCAACUAACAAACAUCUUUGCUAAUUUUUAGUCCUGUUGAACAUUCAUGGAAUUGUUAAUAUGACUUAUAUAGACCCACACAGGUUUUAUUUUUGUGUCUUUAAAAUAAAAGUCCAAAAUAUUUAAAUUUUAUGGUCAAAUAUGCAGUCAACAGCUGCUACUUUUUUCUUUAUAUAUUAAAUUUCUCAUAUGUCUUUUAUUGUUCUAAUAAACCUAAGCUUGUGUGACCUCCAGUGCAUAUUAGACCAUUCACUGUAUGAAAGAAAACAUGUUGGAUAAAAUUUGUGCGUUUUUAAUAAAAUUAGAAAAUCUGAUGUUUAGAUAACUUGUGUUUCAUUUGAUGUUUUAAGCAAUUUUAAAUGGAUUCUCUGGAGUAAAAUAGCCCUGAGAAAGAAUGAUCCACUCUACUGAUAAUCCUGUAUAGCUCUUUUGCUUCGGGAGAAGUCUAAACCCCGGUGUCGCUGCAGAUAGCAGGCAGUGGCAGCUCCGGCCCCUCUCUCCAUCUGCAGCCUCCGUUGGUGAAGUACAAACAACGCGCUACGCUGUACGCUAAAUUGCAAAACUGGAACCUAAUCCAAUCGUUAAAUAUAUUAACCUCUUCUUGGUCUAUACUAAGAGAAAACAUACUCAAAAUGCUUAUUUUGUGCGUAAACAAAAAUGUAUUGUAAAUGUAAAAAAGUUUGCAAAGAUACGGUUUUUAAUUCAUCCAUUUUUACUGAAAUUGAUUCUCCAAAGGAAAUUUUUCUUUUUUUUUUUUUUUUUUAAUUCCUAACUGGAUGGUUUUCAACACAGCAUAACCUCAAUGUCAUGGAAGUAAUUUUCAUCCUUUUUUAGAGCUGAUACAAAGUCAAUUGUUUAAUAGCGUUUGGUAUAUAUGAAGUUCUCUGAAGGGCAGCGGGGGAGAGUAUUUUGCUUUGCACUAGAUACGUACUCAUUUUCUUGGAGAAAAAUGAAACAAAACAAAAAAAAAAUCCGGAAUCUUGUGAAAUGACAGAUUUAAUGUUUUAAUUAUAAAUGAUUGCAGAAUCCCAAAUAUUCAGUGCUUCAAAAGCAAAAGUCUCACUGAUUCCGAGAGGACUUUGACCUGUGUUAGAAGCAAAGAAUUAGGUUCGGUUCUGAAAAGUCACUGCUUUAAACGUUUGCCACCUGCUGAGCUAAUAGAACGGGAUGAACUAUAAUUGCAUAUUUUCCUUCGUCUCUCAGCUAAUCACGACUCUGGCUGGCUUCUUUUUUUAUUUUAUGUAGACACAGAAAUUUACGCUAAAACACAGACUUCUA